AUGGAAGUCAGUAUUAUGAUAAGGAGGAAGGAGGCGAAGCUGGCGGUCACUGAGGCCAAGACUGUGGCUUUUGCUCGUCUGUACAAGGAAGUGGGGGACAAAGGCGGGGAGAAGAUGUUAUUCCGGCUGGCCAAGGCGAGGGAGAGGAAGGUGAGGGAUGUGGACCAAAUAGAUAAGAUAAGGAAUGAAGAUAUUCGGGAGAAGGUGGGUGUGGCCCCCAUGGAUGACAAGCUGCGGGAAACAAAGCUUAGAUGGUUCGAGCACGUUCAGGGGAGUAGCCCAGAUGACCCGGUAAGGAGGUGUGAGUGGCUGGAUUUAGUGGGUACGAGAAGAGGUAGAGGGCGGCCUAAGAAUUAUUGGGGAGAGGCGAUUAGGCAGGACAUAGCGUGGCUUCAGAUUUUCGAGGACAUGGCCCUAGACAGGAAGUUGUAG